AUGUCGGUAGACCUCCACUCGAACUCUCACUCUCAAACUCGCCCUCCCACCGAUCAAGCUACCACGUUUUCCACGCGCGUUCACUGCGCUGCUCUACUCGCAGCUUCCAUCGUCCUGGCAAACGCGGACGUGUCCUCGGCAGUGGUGGAACCCCGGCACUUUUCAUCUUCGCUCCGCUCGCUUGCGGCUGACCACAACGACCCGUUGACCAGGAGACGGAGAUCCACCAAUGCACCAGUCGACGACGAUGAAGAGAGAGGACCGUUCGCGUUCAUCGAUUAUAUGAACGGCAAGGGCAAGAUCAACGCCAUGAUGCAGGCGCCGGAGAAAGGGGACGACAACGUCUUCGCCAACCCCCAAUGUAAGAACUGGGCGACCAAGAACAACGCUGAUGACGACGCUAUCGGCGCACUGACUCGCCGCUUUGGCGCCCCUGAAGUGACGACAAUGCUGGCUGCGGCGGCAAAGAACCCCAAUACGAAAGAAGCCGCUGCGGUGCUACAGGCGAGACAGAUCAAGGGCUGGCUGUCCUACAACCUGGACCCAGACGACAUCUUUAAGCUCAUGAAGCUCGACCAGGCGAGCAACAACCUCUUUGACAACCCCACGCUGACUGCGUGGACCAACUACCUGGCGGCUUUCAACAAGAAGAACCCCAGGAAGGAGACCACAAGCCUCCAAGGCUUCACCAAGAGCUACGGGGAGGAAGGAUUCCUCAAGAUCCUGGCGUCAGCAGACGACAGCGUUGGGACAACGAAGUGUAAGGAGGAGCUGGCAAAGGGCUGGCUGGAUGAGCCUACGCACCCGGCAAACAUCUUCAAGUUCCUGAAGCUGGAUGAGGCGGGAGACGAUCUCCUGACCAACCCACUACUGAGCACCUGGGCCUUGUACGUUCAGGAGUUCAACAAGAAGUAUCCUUUCGCGAAGGCGACGAUGAUCCAGACGUUCAGCAAGAGCUACAGCGAGGAGAAGGUGGCGGUGAUGAUUCAAGCAGCCACGAAGAAUCCGGAGACGGAGAAAUUCGCCAAGGAUCGGCAGACGGCUCAGUUCAAGCAGUGGAUGGUGGACGAGAAGACCCCCGAUGACGUCUUCAAGAAGGUGCUGAUGCUGGACUCGACCGACAGCCCGAAUGCUGACAUUUGGCGCUCAUACUACAGCGCCUACGACAAGGAAUACACUGGCAAGCUGUUAUCAUUUAAACCGUAG